UCCAUGGCGAGCUGAGAAGAUCUCUGGACGUUGAUGCCAUCUCGCUCUCCGACCGCCAUUGCCGCACCUCACAAGCUCCACCAAUUACUCAAGUACUUUCCCAAGUCAUGGACGAAACCACUGCCAUCCAAGGAUCAGCCAUCACUCCGCUCCGCCUUCGCCACAAUCCAACUACUCUGCUCCAAUGGCCACCUCUCCCAAGCCUUCAAAGCUUUCUCCUUUCUCCUCCAUCUUCAUUCACCUCCCCCCUGUCUCCUCCAACACCCCAUCUCCUCCCUCCUCUCCUGCUCCACCACUCUCACAGCUCUCUCACCAGGUCUCCAGCUCCAUGCGCGCUGUAUCACCAUCGGAAUCGCCGGAAAUCCGUUCCUCAUCUCCAGGCUGACGUCCUUCUACUCCUCUCUCGGCCUCCUUCAUGACGCGAUUCUCAUCGUCAUUUCGUCGAACAUUAAGCGUGCUUUGUCAUGGAACUUGUUGAUAUCCGCUUUUUGCCGUCGUGGGCUCUGGCGGGAAGCCAUCAUUGCCUUCGCCGAGAUGGUUGGGAAUGGCGUCGAGGUUGAUAAGUAUACCUACGCUUCGGUUCUCAGUGCUUGUGGUGAGAUUCUUGAUUUCAAUUGUGGGAGGUUGGUGCAUAAAUGCAUUGUGUGCUGUGGAUUGGAGUUGGAUUUGUUUGUUCACAAUGCAUUGGUUUCAAUGUAUGCCAAGUGUGGUGAUUUCGUGAGUGCUCGCAAUGUGUUUGAUAGAAUGCCUGAAAGAGAUGUUGUCUCGUGGAACUCAAUGAUCUCUGGGUAUUUGUCAAAAGGGAUUAGGGCGGAGGCCUUUGAGCUUGUGGAAAGAAUGAGAAUUGAGAAUGUAGAAGUUAAUUCAAUCACUUGGAAUGCUGUUCUUGGAGGAAAUCUUCGGAUGGGUAAUUAUGUUGAGGUGCUCAAAAUGAUCUCUCAGAUGAGAAGAGGUGCCUCGGUUAUCGAUUUUGUGACGUUGAUUAUCGGUUUGAAUGCAUGUUCGAGACUCAGGGAUAUGAAAUCAGGGAGGCAGAUACAUGGCAUGCUUGUUAGAAUGGGAUGUGAUUUGUUUGAGAAUGUCCGGAAUGCGUUGAUAACAAUGUAUUCAAGGUGUGACGACACAGUUCAUGCUUAUGUUUCGUUUAGAAUGGAUACGGACCGGAGUUUGGUUUGUUGGAAUGCCAUGGUUGCUGGCUUUGCGCACACAGACCAAGUGAAAGAAGCUUGUUUGGUUUUUCAGGAGCUGAUUUCUUGCGGAAUGAAACCGAAUUAUGUGACAAUGGUGACAAUGUUAUCUCUAUGUGCCUGUGUUGCAGACCUCCAACACGGCCGGGAGCUUCACUGUUAUAUAAUGAAACACAGAUUCAAAGGCGGUGGCCGCCAAUUGCUGUCUAACUGUCUGCUUGACAUGUAUUCCAAGUCAGGUUAUGGAAUGCAAGGAGAUGGAACUAUUUCCUUGAAGCUCUUCAACAGGAUGAUUGAAUGUGGGAUAGAACCCGAUCACAUAACAAUGGUGGCCAUUCUCUCGGCUUGUAGUCAUUCUGGGCUAGUAACACAAGGACAAAUGCUGUUCGAUAAAAUGGUCAGCUUGCAUGGAAUUGUCCCACAAAUGGAGCAUUACUCCUGCAUGGUUGAUCUAUUUGGACGAGUCGGUUUAUUGAGGAAAGCAGAGGAGAUUAUGAUCAGAAUGCCAUUCCCGCCGAGCACUGCAAUGUUAGCAACACUUAUUGGUGCAUGUCAAGCUCACAGAAAUAUCGAGAUUGGAAAAAGAGCAGCUGAUAAACUUCUAGAGAUGAAGCCACAGGAUCCAAGACACUAUGUUUUGAUUGCUAGCAUGUAUGUAUCUGCUAAAUCUCUGGAAGGAGUAGUUAAUGUGAGGACACUGAUGAGAGACAUGGGUAUAUGGAAAGCUCCUUCUUGGGCGUCAAUUGAAUUGGAUGGUAAAUUGUAUCCAUUUCUUGCAGGCAAGAAAUCAAACCCAAACGCUCCUGCUAUUUAUCAAUUGUUGUUUUGGUUGAUGAAGCAUUUGAAGGAUGCUGGAUAUGUUGCUAAUGGGGAGGUUGAGUGAUGAUGUUAAUUAUAAUUAGUGCCUGUGUUUUUACCUGAA